CCUCCUCCUUCCCCGCCGACUCGCGAACCUGGGCCAGCCGACCGAGUGCCGCACAGCCUCAUCGACGACUUCGCCGAGCGUCACAUAACAACCUCGUCGUGCCACGCCAACGUCGACGCGCAAGACGCGAGCCGUCGAGCUGCGCCGCCUGUCUCGCACCGACCCCCUCUCGCCUCGUCGCCCUCGCUCCGCCUCUCGGCGCCUUUCUUUCGUCUCUUUCGACCUUCCGCCCUCACCCACGACGUUCACUUCGUCAUGGUCGCGCCGUACUACGAGCCUGACUCGCCAGUGCUUCAUUACGAGGACGACGACGAGCCAGAGCUCGACGGCGUCCGCCACUUGAGCGUGUCGAGCGACGGCACGAUCGACUCGUUGGUCUCGCUGGACGAGAACCCGACGCCGCCCGAGUCGCCCUCUUUCGGUCCCGUCGUCCACGUGUCGCCGCCCGAGGGCCAUCUGUCGGGCCUCUUCGACCACGGCGACCUCGACGACGACGUUCAACGCGUCGACUUUGGCGACGACCAAGGGCGCGUCUCGCAGUGGAAGAAGAGCUCGUCCAUGGAUACGGCUGCGCCCUUCCUCCGCAUGCCUUUCACCUACGACGCUGGCCCUCCCACGCCGGGCGGGAUCAAGGUCGACGUCGGCCUCGAGUCGCCUUCCAUCGUCUCGCCGACGACGCCCGUGCCCGGCGCCGUCCUGCCGUCGAGCCUCGCCGCGAGGCGCGCCGCGUCGGGCAAGCUGCCAGGUGGCACGCUCGCCGGCCUGCAGCAGAUGCGCUUCGAGGCGUCGGGCGACGCCGGCAUGGGUCUCGGCGUCGAGCCUGGCACGCCGGGCUUCCAGAGCAUGUCUCUCGAAGGGAUCAGCCCCGCCAGCUCCGGCGUGACGAUGCUCGCGCCGUGCGCCGCCGUCGACGAGCGCAGCGGCAGGUCCAGCCGAUCGUCGACGCCGCACCCGUCUGAGAUGGGCGCCGUCGCCGAGCGAGCCGUGCGCCGCAUCCCGUCGAGCCUCGUCCUCAAGCUCCCGCGCGGCUUCGGCUCGUCCUCCUCGCCGUUCUCCUCCCCCUCGACUAGCGCACCACCCUCGCCGCACAUCUCUCGAUCCUCGGCGUUCGUCCUCGGGAACUCGGGCCCUCGCACGCCCCUCACGCCGUCGCACAUGCCGCCAGCUCCCUCUCUCGGCGGCGGCCGUGCCUCGUUCGAGUGGCACGCCUACUCGUUCCCGGACUCGCCCGGCUGCCCGAGCGCGCCGUCGUCCGAGCGAGCGUGCUACUUCAGCGAUGCCAUCCCGUCGUCUCCGUCGUCGGACAGGACGGCGUACCUCCCGACGCCCGGGUGCGAGAAGGCGCGCACGCCGUCGGCGAGGAACCGCACGCCGAUGCCAGCGUCGCCUCUCGGGCUCGGCCACUUCACGCCGCAGGGCUCGACGACGUCAAGCACGGGCACGAACCCUUUCUUUCCAUAGUCUCUCCCUCUCGCGCGAGCUACUCGCAUCUGUAGCAUAGUCCCUCCCCUUCCUGUCACUCUCUUUCUCCCCUCGCUCCUCUUCCCCAUCUUGUAGCCGGACCUCUUCAUAUCUGCAUCGUCUCUCGUCUGUAGCGUUCUGUCCUCCUGAAUCUGUCGACGUCGCAUUCCUCGCGAAGAACGUCCUCCGCGUCCGGCCUCCUCCUCCCCUCGAACGCGGUCACCUCGACUCGGCCUGACCUGCACGCUCGACUCAACUGCAAAGGCCUGGCGUACUCGCU